AUGUCGUCAACCGUCACAGCAGCAACAGCCACUGCUGCAGCGGCAGCUUCCGCCUCCGCUGUCGCCGCUGCCUCAGCCUCGGCCGCAGCAGCAGCCUCAGCAUCUGCCGCUGCCGCUGCAUCCGCUUCAGCAGUCGCUGCUGCACUCGCCGCGGAACUACCUCCACUCUCGCAGACAAUCGGCGCACUAUUCGUCGGAUGGGGCAUCUCGACGCUGGUCUUCGGCAUGUUCUGUCUCCAGACAUGGACGUACUUCAUGCGUUACCCUAGUGAUAGCACAUGGAACAAAUCGCUCGUUUCAUUGAUCUGGGCGCUUGAGGUCACUCACCAGGCGCUGAUUGGACAUGCUUGCUGGACAUACACAACGACGGACUUUGGAAAACUAGAGGCGAUCUUCUUGAAGGAGACAAUUUGGAGUUUGAGUGCGGUAGUGCUACUGGGGGCGGUUGUGGGUGCAAUCGUCAAACUCUUCCUGGGAUACCGCGUAUACAAGAUCAGCAAAGGAAACUAUCUCUGGUUUGGUAUCAUCUGCUCCAUGGCCAUUUCACAGUUGGGGACUGCUAUGGCCUUUUCUGUGAAGGCCUCCAAGGUUCUCAUCAGUGAGCUGAUCACGCUAAAGACUCUGGGUACGGUAUCUCUGUCGCUUGGGGCAGCGACGGACAUCGUCACCGCGCUCGUGCUUUGUUUCUACCUGCACACGAUGCGGACGGGCUAUAGGAGGUCGGAUGGUGUGAUCAACCGCCUCAUUGUGUUCAGUGUCAACACCGGCGCCCUCACGUCGGCAUUUAGCCUGUCCGUUGUUGUCCUGUACCAAGUCAUGCCCUCCAACUUCAUCUUCAUCGCCAUCUACUUCCUCGUGUGCAAACUGUACUCUAACUCAUGCCUGGCAACAUUGAACUCGAGGCGCCAUAUUGGAGGUCGCGGCACUGACGCGCAGGCCAAUACUGAUGGCUCGAGCCACGCUCUGGCUGUCCUGCCUGGAGGCGCUCGCUCGCGACAGGUCACCCUCAACGAUCUUGAGGGGAAAGAUAACAAGGCAAACCUCCAGAUUGGCGUGCGCCAGGAAGUUUCGGUCGUCCGGGACGAUAAGGUGCCGACGUUAUCCUAUACCGACCUGAAGGAGACGCUAGAGCGUCCAGUCGCCUUCUGA